GUAUUGGGAUGUUAAUGGGUGUUGAGAUAGUGAUAGAUAAAGAGAGCAGAAAACCUAACAAAGAUGCUGCAGAACUUCUUGUUUACAAACUGAAGGAGAGGAAGGUAAUCACAUCAAAUGAGGGGCCAGAUAAAAAUGUAAUCAUUUUCCAGCCUCCGAUGUGUUUUACAUGUGACAAUGCACGCACUGCAGUACAAGCAUUGGAUCAGGCUUUAACAGAAGUUGAAAAUGAGGCUACACAAGUCUCCCAGGAGUCUAAUGAUACCAUACAGGUGCCGUUGAGUAUUCUUACAGGAAUAAAGCAUAAACUAGACAGUGAUGAUGACGACGAUGAUGAUGAUGAUGAUGAAUCUCCAAACAAACGCAAGAAAGUCAGUUAUGAAGAAAUGGACUAAUUUGUUUUAUAUUCCAUACUUGUAUUCCGUACUAGUAUAAAUCUGUAAAUUAUGAAUGUUCUUACUGGUAAUCAUCUUUGGAUACCCACUGCCUUACAUUUAUCAGCUGUGGGAUUUUUUAACAAUUUCCAGUCAAUAAGGGGUGUGUCAAAGACAUCUGUUUCACUUGUUGCCUCACAAUUUGAUGAGGAGAUUGAAAUUUGUAUUACAGACAAAAUUUCCGCAACCAAUAAAAUUCAGCUGUGAAAAGUUCGUUCAGUAUUAAAAAUGCCAAUGAUUUCCAGCAAAAAUGCAUAGCAAAUUUACUGUUACUGAUAGUUUUUACUUUCGCCAUUGCUGAAUAUAAAUUAUAUUAAAUGCGAUUUCAUUGGUUAUUAUUUCAAGCACCUGUUGCUGUAUACAUGGUAUAUUGACGCAAAUUGAUUCAUUUUACCCACAGCUUGAUUACAUGUUAAUCAAUCGUGAGUAUCCAACAAUGAAUUAUACUAUUUUACAGUGUUUCUUUCACAAAUCAUCAUUUUAUGUGCAAUCCUCUUUUGAUAUCAGAUAAUGUUUAUAAUAUUUAUUUAAAAGAAGGCAUCAUUUUGACUUCCCCCAAACUAAAUGUUCAUCUUUAAAGGGAUAAACAGGCAAAUUAUUGACAAAAAUAUUAAAAUGAGUUUAUGUACUCAAAUCAAUCUGAAAUGAUAUUUUUUGAUGUCCCAGCAUGAAUUUCUGCAUGAAUUCUAUAUAUUUUGGGUUUGAAGCGUAAAUAUAUCUAUAUGUUUUGAACGAAAUUUAAACACCGAUAGAAUCACCGAGCAGUUUUAAAACAAGUUAUGUGACUUGAACAACCUUUGGGAGUUACAAUAACAGACAUUGUGGAUAUUGUAUGAUCAAAACAAGUGAAAGCCAUUCAUUUGACAUUGAAUGUUUCCAGAACUCACUGUGACAACUAUUGUGAAAUGAAACGCUCUAACCUGACCCACGCUGGUCAAGUUAGGAAACCACCACUUUAAUCGUUAUAAGGAGAAAAAAAUUUUUGUUCCAGUGACUGUCUAGUGUAUUCAUUUUGAGGACAUUAACAUCAUAAUAAAUGAAAAAUCAAAAACAAACAAAUUAAAAUUUUGCCUGUAUCUCCCUUUAACUGGUAUUUUAUUUACUUUUGAAGUCUACAGUUUUAUAUUUUAAUAAAUAUUGUAUGUGAAAGUAAAUUUAAAAAGAUAACAAGUCAUGUUUUACUUGUUAAUUAUGUUUAAGUAAAUAAUUCAUCUUAAACAAAAUAAAUGAAACUUUAUAUUUGAGAAAUAAAUUUUUAUAUUUAUUUGAACUUGAUGGCCAGUUCAGACAAUUGAAGCUGGGCAAUUCAAGUUAACAAACUCAGCAAAAUAAGGGGAAAUGAAUUACAGACUACAUAAAAUAAACUGGGUAAAUUAAAUUUCUGAAUAGAACAGAAAUACAAAUUGCUUCUGAUGUUAGUAUAGGGCUAUCUUUUUUCUUAACAAUUUUAUAAGCAUUUUUUGCAUUUGUAUAAAUUCAUUCUUUUUCCUACAAAAUAACAUGUGUUCAAAACAUUUACUUUCUUUUUUUUAUGUAAAAGAAACAUUCCAGUUUUCGUUUAGAUAUUACUUCCCUGGAGAUGUUUUCUUGAAACAUUUUAUCAUUGUAUAAAGUUUUCAUUUUCUGUUUUUGUACUUUGCAAUAUUUUUAACGAGAAUUAUUCUUCAGUGUGUAUUGACUUGAAUUCUUGAAGCCUUUUUAAUAUCUCUCUUUUAAGUUAAUCAAUGAUAAGGUAUUGAAGUUCAUUUAAAUUUUAUGCUUUCUUUAUUUUUACUAGAACUAGUGUAAAGAAAAGAGAUAAGAUUUAGGCUGGGUGGUUGAAGGGGGAUACUGGUUAUGUAAUAUCUUCAUGUUCAUAACAAACUUACCGGUAAUGCAUUUGUGGGGUAAAAUGUGAAGUUAUUUGUUAAGUCAAUUAUUGUAAUGUAUUAGUAUGUGAUAAUGUGAUGUUAUAUCUUGUUCUUAAACUCACCAUGACAUUUGAUAUUGCUUUAAUAGUUAUAUAUUGUUCAUUAAUAUUUUAUUAAAUGCUAUUUUUUCACAUAUUUGAUAUUUAGAUUGAUUAAUUUUAAUUGAUACAGAAUAAAUGUAUUCAUUAAUUGGUUGUUUAGUUGAUAGAGUUUUUGUGACUGAGCAAUCAAAGUUUUAUUGAUUGGUUGGUUGGUGAGGUUGGUUGAUUGAUUGAUUGAUUGAUUGAUUGAUAUUUACAUGUCAUUUUAUGUCAGUUUUUCUGUGUGUGUCCAGAAAGGUAACCCAUACUUUCAAACAGAUAUUUUCCCUCGACAUGUUGGAGGUAGAAAAGUUUGUGUAGUAGAUAAUUAUUAAUCAACUGUUUCCAGAAUGAUUUUAGAUAUUUUGUGAAUAUGAAUAAAAUUGUUAUGUUUUACUUUUUUUUAUAUUUCCUUUAAGUUUUAUUAUUCAAUCUUUUUCAUAUUUUGGCUAUUUUCUAGUUUUGUUAAAAGAAAGAUAUUUUUUGGUCCCAUUACAUUUUAGAACAUUUUUGUUAAUUUAGUUUUAUAAUAUAAAAGUAAAAAAAGGACUUAUCCUUUAAGUUUAUUUUAAAUGACAUAAUUCAUUGCUGAUUCAAAUUUUGUACUUUAUCAUAUAUUAAGAAAAUGUAUAUAUAUUGAGAAAAAUCUUAAUUAGCCUAAUUAAUUCUGAAAGUAGUCAAAAAUUGUUAUAAGAAAUUAAUUGUGUUAUAUUUUAAAAAAUACAUUGUUAUUUGAAAAAGAUUUGAAACAGAAACUGACAUUAUUAUCACUAUACAUGUAGUAGUAAUAAAGAAUUAUAUGAAAUGACAAGAACUCUCUAUAUAUACCUCAUUCUGAGACAUGACCUUCACCUUGUUCUUUAUGAACAGAUUUAGAACAUAACUUGUUAAUUAAAAUUUCAUAAUACAGCCCAAGUAUGUUUGUUUAAUGAACAUAACUUUGUUAAAUAAAAUUUCAUAAUACGGUCCUGGUGAAUGAUAUUAGAGUAUGAUAUUAUUUAAGAUAAUCGGAAAAAAAUAGGGAAAUUCACCUUUAUUACAUUAAGGAAUUGGUUUUGGCUCUCCUUGCUAGGGAAGCAUUUGUUUCUACCUAACAAAAUGUUAUGUUGAAUAUUGUAGAUUGUUAUAAAAAAUUGCAAAAUUUGUAGCUUGUUGAUCUUUUUAUUAACUACACAUGUACAUGGUUGUGAUUUACAUACAUUUGACAUGUAUGAAGAGGAUGAAUUUCAAAUGUUAUUUUUUUUUAAAUAUUAAAAAAUGUUAUAUUUUAUUAUAAGUGUAUGUAUUAUUGCUGUAAUUGUUAUUCACCAAUUUUAUGUAUCUGUUAAUUUAUAAAAUUCCUAUUACUGUAACAGUUACUGUACUCCAUUCAUCUGAUGUUCUAAUAUUUGAUAAUGUAUGCUUUAAAUGUUACAAUUUUUAAGUUAACAUCGGUUAAUUUUAGCAUUGCAAGUAAUUAUAUUUUUGGGGUGUCGGUGGCCCGAGUGCGUUGACAUCAAAUCACUUGCCCCUCAUUGCUGUUGGUUCGAAUCCCAACAGGGUCUUUGGAUUCUUUCAUGUGAGGAAACUAUCCAGCUAUCUUACGGAACGUCAGUAGUUCCACCCAGGUACCCAUUCGUGCGUGAAACAAUGCACUGAAGGGCACCUGAGCUCUUCUUCCAGCAGUAAAGCUGGAACAUCGCCAUAUGACCUUUGCUGUGCUGGUGUGACAUAAAACCCAAUCAAACAAACAAACAAAAAAAAAGAUUAUUUUUGUUGUGUACAUGAACGAAACGUAGUACAUGAGAUAAAUAGAGGGACAAAUAUAAGGCUGAGACUGUUGUUAUUAUAUUGACGUUUUUAUUGAACGGAUGUGGUCAACAGGGUGUUGUUGUGUCAAUCUAAAGCUCAAUAUAAUCACCUAUUUGAUAGUAUAUAGAAUAAAUGAACGUAUGUCAUUUAUUUCCAUAAUUUUCUUUGUUGCCUGCUAUUUUAAAGGUACUUUAAGCAAAUGAUAUCAUUUCUUAGAACCAUUGUGUUUUUGGUUUCCUGCUACAUUUCCUAAAGAGAUACUCAUUGGCUAUUUUUUUGAUUGCGUUUUUGCCCUUUUAACAGAAAGAAAAACGUAGUCAUUUCCGAUACUUUAUUUGCCUUUAACGUUAUAACUUUUUUUAUAUUUGUGAAAUAUACCUUCCCUGCCUUAAAUUUAUAUUAGUCCAUCGUACGGAUAUUUUUUACCUAAACACUAAAAUGAAGCAGUAAUGAAAUUUAAUAUAUUUUGAUCACCAAUCACUUAAGUUUUUACUUUGAGCUCCCUCUUUACUUGUUAUAUAGGCAAGUGUUUAUUCGCAUUCAUGGGGUUGAAUAAAGUUAAGGUAUUGCACUGAGCCAUCGAAGUAAUCAUAAAUGGGCUAUGUUUAUUUAUAUUUUAACACUUCCUGGUAUUGAGACAGUUUGUCCAAUAAUAUAAGUUUGUAACAUUUAGCAAAGGAGCGCUGUCAGCGAAAAUGAUAAGCCUAUGCCAGUAACAUUGAGCUAGUUCACCAACUGAGUAAUUCAGUUAUUAUAGUUCAUAUGUCUAAUAAGGUUUUACCUGUUGCUCAAAGACUUCAUGUUAUUUAUUAGAAUUAAUUUAGCAACUUCGUUUAUUACUGGUAAAUUAUUCAUUUUAUGUCAAUGUCAAACAGGAAUCUAUGCCAGUAUUUCAUAGUUUGUAAAUUUGUAAAUAAUUAAACCAAAAUAAAGUAUAACAAAUAUGUUUUUACAUGAAACAUUUAACACACCAGUUCAACAAUGUGGUCAAUAUGAAGAUGAUGAUCAUUAUUACAAUGUAAUAUGUGAGAUAUUGUAUGUUGACAGUUGUGAAUAUGUUUCUUGUUGUUAAAUGCAAUAAAAAUAAUAAAAUUAA